GACUUCCCCCCGCCCCAGCAACCCCAUUUUCCAUUUUUUCGUCCUUCCCCAUUAUUCUAUAUCUAUAUCUAUAUAUAAAGAGUAAAGGGAAACACUAUAACACCAAGAAGGCUACAGGUUUUGAUCUCCCGAACAUCGGAGAAAUGACAACGCAUCUCACUGGCGACGACGACCAGCCUGAGUAUCAGCAGGUGGAUGAGAAGCGUGACAUCCGAGAGUUUGUAGACUUCUUCUCGGGUGAACGUCACGGCCGUCCCGAUGAUUCAGCUCCUGAUGUUGAUCUGCCAAAGGAGAGCUCCAUCACCGAGAGCAGCAUCAAUCAACGUCUCACCCUAAAUACGGGCUGGCUAACUGAAGAAGAAGAUCGAACCGUGACCAAGCCUAGUUUGCACCAAUUAAUGAACUCGAAUCUGAGGGUAAAGCUGGGGGAGUUGAAGGACGAAAACCAAAAUCUCAGAAGAAUGUUAGACCGUGUCACCAAAAGUUACGCUGGCCUUCAAACUCAGCUUGCUUUAUUGAAGCAGGAUGAGGUACUCAAACUUGCAAAUGCCACUUACUGUGCUGGUGAUGAUUCGCAAGAAAGGGCGAUGAUCUCUCCUCCAAGAAAAGUCAAGCCCGCAUUGUUUUCGGAACUAGAAGCUGGUGAAGGUAGCAGCACCAUUAAGACAGAAGGAGACGAUGGUACCAACAAUUCCAUUGUUGAUAAUCAAAUGCCUCCAUGUCAUGGAACCCUAAAGAGCAUGACAAUGCCAAUGGCACAGGGAAAAGCCGGCUCCAUGGAAGAAGACGUGCCUGAGGGUUCUCUCCGGAGGGCACGGGUAUCAAUAAGAGCUCGAUCGGAUGCUCCCAUGAUAAGUGAUGGGUGCCAGUGGAGGAAGUACGGUCAGAAGCUCGCCAAGGGAAAUCCUUGCCCUCGAGCUUACUAUCGUUGCACAAUGGCAGUUGGAUGCCCUGUUCGUAAACAGGUGCAAAGAUACGCACAAGACAAGGCGAUUCUUGUGACAACGUACGAAGGGAGCCACAACCACCCCCUUCCAGCCGCAGCAGCCGCCUUGGCUGCCACUACAUCGGCAGCAGCUGCCAUGCUGCUCUCUGGCUCAACCAUCAGCAGCGGUCCUACCCCUUUCCUUCCACCAUUUGUUUCUCCUCAUCAUCAAUAUGCCACAUCAAUGGCUUCCUAUUCUCCUUCUUCUCCCUACCCGACCAUCACCCUUGAUCUGUCCCACUCUCCUCUUCUUUCUGGGCCGAAUAUAAUUCACUGGCCACCAAUGCCUCCACCGCCAAUAUUUGAUACUUACGUUUCCUCCGAUUCCCAUGUCCUUCCUGGAUCAUUACUCGGGCAUCCUCAAAAUAGCCAUUCCUUUACACAAACAGUUAGGGCAGCCAUUAGCGCCGACCCAGCCUAACUUCAGCUGCCCUUGCCGUGGCCAUCUCUUCAGUUCUCGGAGCAAAUCAAAGCUCAUGAUAUCUGUACAUGUCAACUUUAUUUUCGACUAGCUGUCAAUCUUGUGAGUCGAACAAGCUACAUACAGCCAGAGACUCUUUAACGUUCAUGUAAUAUAUAUAUAUAUAUGAGAUUUUUCUGUGGUGACA